AUGAAAUUAGAAGGUAUCAACACAAAUCGAAAAUGUGAUUUUCGAGAUUCUAGCACCUGGUCAAAUGUUGAACUGGUGGAUACGUUAAAACAAGAGCUUCGAACUUGUCAGCAAGGCGAAACUGUAAAGUUACGUCAAGCUGAUCUGAUGGCAGAUCAUCGACGAACCUGGACAGGUUUAGGUGACGAUAACAAGUUUAAGCCUUUAAAAAUGCCCGAUGAGAUGAAGAGUACAAAUCAAACUACGUUGCCAUCUGGGUAG